AUGCGACCGGCGGACGCCUAUCGCGCGCGGCAUCGAUCGCCUGCAGACGCGUAUCGAGCGAAAUAUCGAGAUGCAGGGUCGAUCUGUGCUAUAGCAGACUUACGCGUGGAGGACGAGGGCGUCGCCUCGGCCUCGCUCGCGGGCUUACCGGAUGAUUUAUGGCGGCGAAUCUGUGUUUUCGUGCGACCGGAUAGCGCCCACGAGCUCAUCGUCGCCGCCGGCAGCAGCGCGUCGCUCCGGCACGCGCUGCAGGCCGAGGUUGAGCAGACUGAGCGGGACCUAUUCGGCAUGACGCGAGGCGAGGCCGAGCAGAUACUUAGAAGCGAAAGGUAUCUCCGUGACCGCUCAAGUACUCUCUCGAGUACUAUCCCUCUUAUUCCCCUUCCAUUUGAUCCGAUAGGCGAAGCCUUUGUUUUCCUCUUUAACCCAGGAUUCCGAAAUUGCCGAGUCUUGUCCAAUUCCGUCGAUUAUUCCGAUGAGGGUGCCACGCUGCGGCUCGCUCGGGCGUUCCUCGCGUACGGCGUCGAUCCAGAUUACGCGAGGACCGCGCCCAUGGACGGAAAGACCGCGCUUAUGGUACUUCCAGAACUGGCAAGUCAGGGGUUCGACGACACGGAGGCGCUCGCGCGGCUCCUCAUCAAAAGCGGCGCAGACGUGCAUGCCACCUGCGAUCACGGGUGCACGCCGCUGGUCUACACGUUCGCAAGUCUAAAAAAUGUGGCACAACGUAGUCGUUUUGGCGACGUCGUGCCCAGCACUGGCCGAAGGAUACCUUACCGGCCGGGGUUUUUAGAAUCAGACUUGUAUGAAGACCGCAGCGCGUUCAUCUGCGCUAGACUCGCACGUCUCAUUACACGUAAAAGCAUUGGGGCGAGGUGUCGAUCUCUACGCCAGGCCCUCGAGUCGGAGCUAGCGACUCCGAGGCACUACCUUCGCUAUUAUUUGAUCUCGCAGAGCGAGCCUAGAUUCGGUUACCUUCAAAGGUGGUUCCUCUCUCAGGAACAAAAGAUGUGGUCUCCGCAUGCUCGAGGCUAUUGUUCGUUCUGUUCGGUAACGGGGCGGUAUCUCAGUAUCGAGCUCGGCCCCGAGGGCAAUGCCCUCACGCUCGAACUUCACUGCCGGAUGAAGGUACUAACCAGAAUUGGUCUGGACCGCAAGGCGGUGGGCGAACCCGAGGGUCACGAGCGCACGUUUGCAAAGCAGGGCGGUGGCUACGGCGGGAUCGCGUUAAAGCAAGCGAUGGUUAUGGUCCAGGACCACAUUCGCGAGGGUUUGCGGAAGCUCUAG